AUGCAAUUAUUGUCCAAAAAUUUUGAAUAUGAAAUUGCUACUCGAAUGCAAGCACAUCUUAACUAUAAUUGUUUGGGAGCACCAGAAAAUGCCAAAUCAAAGUCUAAAAAUCAACUAACUACUCCAAUUAAUAUAUCAACAUCUACUAGUUCAUAUACUUUAAAAUGGUUAAAAACUAUACUAAUUUAUAAUUUUAUAGAUCAUUUAAGUGAAGGAGAACAAGAAUCUCUUGAAUUUAUAUUAUUUCAGUCUUUGUUUGCUAUAGGAGUACCAUUUGCUUUUCUUAAAAAUCCUUAUGUACCUAUAGGAUAUAAUGCAUUUACAAAAUUUGCUAAUCUAAAAUUUGAACAAGAAAACUCUGUAAAAUUAUUUGUUGAAAUUGUUAAAUUUCGAAACAAAAGUUCUCCAUAUGAUGAUUAUAUUUUUUGGGAAUCAGCUACUAUGCUUGACCCUGUUAAAAAACUAGUUUAUGUUUAUGAAAAUCUUCGAAUAUAUGCAGAAAAACCAGUAAACAACAAGAUUGAUACCAGAAUUAAUAAUAGCAAGGUUAAUCAGAUUAAUCAAGAGAUUUAUAAUGAUGAAGAUAUAGAAAUAGAUAAUAUAAUUUAUAAGGAAGGAAUUUGUAAAGGCAUUGAAGAAGAAAUCGAACCAAUCUAUUUAUCCGACAUUGAUAAUAAUAGUGGUUCAAUAAUGGAGUUAGAAUUAUCAAAUGAAUAA